GGGCCUCCAGGGUUGCCAUACAAAAACAAAUAUGGCGUCUGCUGCGGAUGUCCACGUCCGAAUUUGUGGACAAGAAAUUAUAAAAUAUGACCUGGAAAUUAAGGCUCUCAUUCAGGACAUCAGGGAUUGCCCCGGACCUCAGUCAACUCUCAUGGAGCUCAACUCUCAGGUCAAAGACAGGUUCUGCAAGCUCAGACUCAGAAUACAGGAUCUGGAACAGAUGGCCAGAGAGCAGGACAGAGAGACGGACAGACUGGCCAUCCAGGCUGAGACAGAUAGCCAGCGAAGGCAAAUGCUGAGUAACCAGACCGCGUGGAGAAAAUCUAACCUGGCUUGUAAACUAGCGAUAGACAACGUGGAGAAGGACGAGCUGCUGCGUGGAGGAGAUAACCAGAGUACCAGACAGAGGAAGGCGACCAAAGAAAGCCUAGUGGAAACCAGCAGCAACAUCACAGAGAGUCUGAUGUCUAUCAGCAGGAUGAUGGCUGAACAGGUGAAGCAGAGCGAGGACAGCAUCGGCACACUGGCCACCUCCUCUAGGACUGUGCAGGAAACCAACGAGGAGUUUAGAAACAUGACGGGAACCAUCCACCUGGGAAGGAAACUGAUUCUCAAGUACAACCGGCGGGAGCUGACGGACAAGCUGCUUAUCUUCCUGGCUCUGGCCCUCUUCUUUGCCACCGUCCUCUACAUUCUGAAGAAACGUCUCUUUCCCUUCAUUUAG